AUGAAGUUAAGUGUCAGUGCAUACCGUGCGCAUGCUUCUGCCCAUAAGAAGAUCCUGACGUCAUCCUACCAGCAACACUAUGGGAGCACCGCGGCGCCACCUGCGUGUAACCCUUUGCAGACACCUUUUACUCCGCAGUUUCAGGAACACCUUAUAAUAAAAUUAAAUUCAAAGCAAGGAAAACGCAUUACUUACGAUAAUGAGAAUGAAAUGUUUGCGGUGGGCAUACGAUUAAAAAAUAAAAAUAAGAAGAAAACGGAGUCUUAA